UUAUAACUGCAAAUUUACCUAAAAAUCUCAUCUAAAAGGCUUUGCUCUGUUUUGAUAAAAUUUGCAUGAUAUAAUCAACUUCUUUGUAGAAUCUCGGGAUAUUAUGUAUUUAUGUAAAUAUCUAUGUAUUCAAUAUAACUUGACCUAUUUGACAGGAAUGACAUGUCGGAUUGAUUUAUGUGAUUUUCUACUGCCAAACUAUCCAAAAAAAGAUAUUUAUUACUUUACAUAAAUAUUAAUCUAAACAUAUUUUCUCUCAGAAAUUAGGCCUUAAAAUAAUUUGUAUUACUUUUCUGGGAUCAAUACAUGCCAGAAAAGGUGCUCACUACGUAUGUAUAUAUCCUUAAAUAUUUCUUAUUCAUACUUUACAACACUUACAAAUGCUCUCAAAUUAAAAACAUAAAUUUAGAAAUGAAGUCAUUCCAUCUUGACCCCAUGAAAACUAGUUGUACAGAUCCAUCAAAUCCCACAAAGAUUUAGAUACAUAAAACAAAUAUAAAUAAACAUCCAGUAACUCUUUCAGUCCAUAGUAGAAAGUCCACACUUGACAAGGACAUAUCCAUCAUUUCAUCAACUAAAUAAUUCUUCUCCAAGGUAAAAAAAAAUGUCACAAAUUGUCUCCCCCUUAUUGACCGGGCUGGUCAUAAUGUUUACGACAAAUCUACCCUACAACACCGCCACCAUUUCAACCACGACCUGCGCCCUUUCAUCACCCACCAAUCCCUCCACCUCCGUCCGAAACACGUUCGGCCAAUUCACCUCACUCCGGACCAGAACUCCUUACGAGAUCCGAAGUCUCUCCACCAAUCUCAUCUUCCUCCACGCCACCUCAACCUUUGACCUCUUCACCCUCUCCCAUUGGUGGGAGUUGGUCCCCGCAAAAAACUUCAGCCUUCGAAAUGUCUACCAGCUCAAAAAUUUUGACCCUGGAAUGCAACCCAUGUACCCACGGAUCACUUGGUUCGUGCAAAUCCGUACCCUCCCCGGCACUCCGAACACUUUUGUCCUCCACCCGAUAAGCUGUGAGGGAAGUGUUACCAACCGGCGUAAAAGAUUGAUCUCGACCUCCUUCAUCUACUCCGACAUUAUCAACUCCACCAAUGAUCGUCACUACACGAACUGCAAUCCUUACACGGAGUCAAGCAUUUUCGAGGAGAAGCACAAGUACAGGUUCGUCUCGGUUCGGGAUCACUUGAUAGUCAGGAAGUUACAUCUGGGCGAAUCCGUGACGGGAAUUGUUGAUCUCCCAAAUGAUAUCAAGAACCAUUUCGGUGACACUUUGAGCCGCUCUGUCACCGUGUCCCCGAGGAAGGCAAUCAUUAAGAAUUGUGCGAGUGGGGUGGUCAAGCAGGACGUAGAGAUUACGACGAAGACGACAAUAGGAUCGAGGCUGGGUGUGGAAAACACUUUCGCCACGGGGGAGGAGAGUGGGGAAAGGAUGCAUGUCGGAGUCUCCGUGGGGGCGGGAGUUGUGGGAAUUUUUAAAACAGAAAUGCACACGUCAAAAUCUUGGCAACAAGAUGUAGCCUCCGGGUCGGAAACAUACUCUGAGAGAAACUUCGUCAAAGAGGAAACCAUAUCAGUUCAGCAUGAGACUAAAAUCUUUGUGGGAAACCACUCCUGCCUCCAAGUCUCUGCGGUGUCCUCCAUUUAUGAAGACAGGCCGUGGAAAGUCAACCUCACAGUGACCUUUGCCCUCGGGCCGGAAGUAAUUCGGCAGGAUGUCGACGCCACAAUUGGUCACGGAACGGAUAAGAUUGCCGUGAUUGAGAAUGAUAAGUCGGUCCUGGGAAGUGAAGAAAAGGCGAAGAUUUUUUUGGAAUUGAUGAAAUUUUCGGGAUUAGAUUACUCCUAUAAUGCCACGAAUGGAUUAAUCAGUUAUCUUAAACCGGCCACGUUGCAGGUGACCAGUUUGGUCUCAACUAAUACGUAUAUUCAGCAAGUUAAGUGUGAUUGUUGGAAAGGGUGAAAUAUUUAUGAUUAUUAUGCACAAAAAUAAUAAAAAUAUAUAUGUACAUAUGUAGCA